AUGACGGAUUCUGGAGCUGAAACCAUGACCACAACCAUGAUCUGGUUCAUAUCUAUACUAAUCACAUUUGCGUUCGGUGUGUGCGUCAACUUGGCUCUACUGAUCAUCCUGGUCCGAUUUCGCAAGGUCACCGAUGCACUGAUCACAUCAGGCAUUAUACAAACGGUGAUUGAUUUACUAAUUUGUCUUGUCUACGUGAUUCACAUGUGCUCCUUGCAUGUUGAUGUGCAUUUUCAUGUCGUUUCCUUCAUAUUGUGUCACCUGAUCUUAUCGGACGCGCUCCUAUGGGGUUUAAUCGCCGUUCGAUUGAACAUGAGCAUGUUGACCGCGUUCUUCUAUUUCAUCCAAUUCAUUUUUCCAUUCAUGCGUAUUGAACAACGCAGACGAGCGACCAACUUGGCUAUGGGACUUCUACUGUCUUUGUGCGGUCUGCUUGGUGCUGCACCGCACCUGUUCACCAUUCACUACAAUGACGUCGAGAAUAAGUGUACCGGUGAUGUGGGUGAAGAUUUUCUCAUGCCCAGUCGUGUGGUCAUCACUCUACGACUGGUGAUACUUAUUGGUCUGGUGUACAAUUUUCUUGUCCCCAUCGGGACCGGAGCUUAUCUGUAUCACCACGUGCUUCAUGUAUUACGAAUUCGGGACAAGAGUCGGCACGCGGCAGCCUACAAAGAGAUGCGUUUGAAUGCCAUCCAAGAUUUAUGGCUUCAGGCAGGGUCGAGUGUGUUGGCUGUGUGCAUCAUGUUCGCGCAGAAAUAUCCAAACGCGGACAGUUUAAAAAUUAACAUUAAUGUUCAAUACAUCGGUUAUUUCUUUCUCGGUGUCUAUUCGGUCGUCUACCCAUGUGUCUCAGUAGCGUUUCGUCGUAAAUAUCGUAAACCGGUGCUCGAAUGCCUCAUCCAGAUGGGAAUGCAUCCGACAGACAGUUGGCUUGCACAACGAUGGAGUGUGGGGAUCACUGAGAAACCGAAGACAAGUAUGAAUGUGUCGUCAUUUCGACGUAGAACUACCAAAAUUUAA